UUGUUUGCUCUGUUGAUUGUUGAGGAAGCCAAGAGUGGAUGUGGGGAUUUUAAAGAUGGGAUAUCAAUCAAACCCCGAAAUACGGAACCAAUCGCCGGGUGAGUCACCAACCAAUUCGUAAUGAGACCCGCUUCUCUCUCCACAGAUUUAGUAUCUUUCUUGUACAUUCAUUCUGUCGCUCAUUCUGGUCUAUCAUACACGCAGGCAGCCUCUCUCCUAUAUUCCUAUGUACAGCACUGCCGUACCAAUCUGCCAGAGAUCCCGAAUAAAAAGCAUUCACCAAUCGAUACAGACUCGAGCAAACGCUGGGAAUGCAAACAAUGCCGGGUAUAGCGCCUCGCUAACUAAAUCAUCAGGAAAUCAAGCUCAUCGGAACAUAUCCAAAACCAAAAACAAAAUAUGAAUGAAUAAACGUGGAAGCAGAACCAUGCCGAGUUCUCAAAUAAUAUUCUUUUCCGUUUCCUUUUUUUUUUUUUAUUCCCCCAAGCUGCUUGUU